UAAACAUCAGCUGGAGGCAGAUUGGUGACUGCUCCCUCAGGAGUUGGGACUGCUGUAAUAUUGAAGGAAAUGAAAUCUCAUGACUGGAUCUGGAUGAAAACGCUGCCUGCUGGAAAGCAGAGGGAGAAAUGCUGCAACGGAUAGGAAUCGCCCUGGGAGCUCCCUUUGUCCUGUAAAUAUGCUCCAUUCGGUCAGAAUAAGAUCGUGGUGGCUGUUUGCUUUCCUGAACGGACUGCCUCAGCCCGCGGGCGCGAGGCUUUCCCGCCGACGGCUGUUGGGCUCGCACAGCCGUUGGCAGCCCCUGAGGCGAGGCGGGAGCGCUGCCCCCUGGCGGCGAAGACGAGAGCGGCCGAGAGCCGGGCGGCGGCGGGACGCGCCUCGGGGCGGUUUGCAGAGCAUCGGUCGCUGCUCCAACGGACGGACUUCGCAGCCUGGUCUUUCUUGCAGUGUACUUCAAUUCCUCUUGACAGUGUGCAUCCCCCCUGACAAGGUUCGUUUUGAUGAUGGAUAAACAAGCAGCUGCUAAAUUAUCUACUGUUUUUACUUCGGAUGCUAUCAGAGGACGUGGGAAGAGGGACAGAGCAUUACAAACUGCAAAACUGAAUGCUUCUUUGGCAUCUAAAAUCAAAUCUAAAUUAAUAAAUAAUUCAUCAAUGUUGAAAGUGUCUUUAAAACAAAAUAAUAAAGCAUUAGCUCUGGCUUUGAGCGUGGAGAAGGAAAGUUCUCGGAAGCUGAAGAACGAGAGGAUUUUUCUUCAGAAAGAAGUAGAAAAGCUGCAGCUUCAUAAUAUCCUGCUUCGUCGAAAACUAAACUGUUUGAAUAAAACUCUUAGAGAAAUAGGAGCAUUUUUGAAUGAUAACCUCUUAACUGCAAUAGAAAUAAGCAGUCUUUCUGAGAAUCUUCAGAGUUCUCUUCCUCUGUCAGACAGCCCAAGUAGCUGUACUGAGGACCAGCUGAAGAGUACAUGUCAGUCAGCGAGAUCUGUGGAAUUGCCAGUGAAGCUUCCUUUACUUGCAACAUCUGCCAGAAAACAGCAAGAAAAUCAGUUUUGCACAGAACUCAACACUAAGAGUGCAUUCCUAACUCAUUUCGAUAGUGUACAACCUCUAAGACAGUCUGAGGAGUUUACAAGACGAUAUAAUGAUAGUUCAUUGCCAUUCCAUGGAAAUGUGGCUGAAAGAAAGAGAUGUGCAACACCUUAUGGGUCAAAACCACAACUUAAUAUAAAAGAUUUUGAUAAAAAAUGUAGCUCAAAUCUGCUUCAUCGUGUAAGCAGCAGCAGCAGGAGCAACGAGGUGAAUUUGCAGGAAAGUCCAAGUGACUUGUCUCGCAUUACUCCUUCACGACUUGAUUUUAGCAGUGAAUGUAAGGAGACGCUUCCUAUUGAUGGGAUUAAAUCUGAAGAAACUGUUUAUGAUACUGAUAUGGAGUUGACUGCCAGCGAUGCAGGUGAACUGCUCACAGUUGCAUCAAAAGACAAAUUACAUAAAAAUAAUAAUGCCAAUUCUGAUAAAGUAUUGGCAAAUUUCAGAAAAGUAAAAUAUUCUAAAAGGGAAAAAGAGAAAAUUAAAAACAAGACUGAAGUCAGCUCAAAUUUUUAUGCAGAAGAAAAGCAUGCUAGGACUGACAAUAACAUUUCAGAAACUACUGACCCACAAACUCAGCUAUUCCAAAGUCAGACAGAACAGUUACCUACACAGAAUUCUACAGAGACAAAUACCAAGGACUGUAAUCAAGACCAAAAAUGUCUAAGUAAGAAUAAAGUUACUAGAAGAACAUAUCUGGUUAACCUAGUGCAUCAAAAACAAGAACAAGAUGCAAAUAAAGAAAAUUCCUCAGAAACACUGGAUGAUGUGGAAAACAAAAUAAUAAAAGCAGACUCAAACUUACCUAGUAACAAGAUCCCACAUCAAGUUUGUUGUGCUGUAAGUUUGGCGUUCCAUGAUAACACCUCUACAGUACCACCCUUACAGCAGGACUUUCUACAUGAAAACGAGAACUGUGUCAGACUGCAGAGAAACAGGAAAACCUUUCAAAACCCUUCUAAAAUGAACACAGCCAAAUACUAUAAAGCAGAUAAUGGGAAAUAUGAAGAAUAUGGUUCAAAAAAGUCUCAAACAGACAGGUGCCAACAUGACAGCAAGAGAAAGCAAGACCAGAAGAAUAUUAUAAAGAGUAAAUGCAACAAAAACAGUGGUUACAGACAAAGAAAAACUGAAAAUGACAGUGUUAAUAAAAUUGCUCAAAAAGUAGAUCAAAAGAGUGGUAAUUCUUCACCAAGCAGAUUAAAACAUAUAUUGGCAAAGGCUACCCGUAAAGCAUAUGUAAUACCAACUAAAGAUCUUACUACGUUCUCACUUUGCAAAAGUGAAGAAUUAAAAAAUAAGGAUGCAUUAUGCACACAGGCUGUUCAUGGAAAUAAAAUAACUGAAACUCAGCAAUCUCAAGGAGCUUUAGUUGCUCAGAAUGAUAUGGCUAUGAAUAUACAGGAAGCUAAAGCUUCCACACAAAAUGUUGGCAACAAAGCUGAUACAUUAAAGAGAGUAGAUUCCUCACCAACAGCACAUAAAGAAUCUAACAUUAGUAAUUCUUGUGAUCAUCAAGUAAAAGAAAAAGAGAGCCUUAGUUCUGGUAUUACAGAGAGCAGACAAAAAAAGAAUUAUUUCAGACAUACUGAUCAGGGACAGCUGAAGUUUUUGGAUGACAAGGAAGUCUCUCAUGAGAUGGAUUCCUUUAUGAACAAGUUAAAACCUAUGGUACAAAAAUUAGAAAUUUUAGAAUCCUUACCUGUAGAUUGUUCUAAGAAUAUGACAGUAAAUACAGGUAACUUUUUCCAGGGAGAUUUUUCUGAAACGAAGCUCACACCUCUUGAUAACCUUAAUGCCUCCAUGAACUCUAUACUGAAAAACUCCAAAAUUGUAGGGAAAACUGAUCAAGAUAAAGCACUGGAUUCUGGAAAAGCAAAGCAAAAAUCAGAUCAUACUUCUGAAGAGAUUUAUGAAAAGACUGUGAAACACUGUCAUGGCAGAACAGCUUUGCAAGAUGUGACGAAUACUAGUGAGUUUUCUCACACUUUCUUACCUAAAUCCCCCCAAAUUUUAGAAGAGAACUCAGCAGAACCAGUUAGACGAGGAAGACCUGCUAUUUGCUACAAAGAACCCCCUCUAAACCGAAAAUUAAGGCGUGGGGACCAGUUUACAGAUACACAAUUUCUGCAUUCCCCAGUCUAUAAAGUAAAAAAAAAAAGAAGCUUUAAAAGUAAAUCAAAAUUUAUUUGAAGAAGACAAGAGAAUUGCCCUUAUGAACAACACUUCUGAAAUGGUACUUUUUUUUCCCCCCAAAAUAUAGUUUAGUAGUAUAGAAUGCUUAUUGUUCUUUGAUAGAUAAAUGUAAAACAGACUUCAAAGUGGAAUUUCUCAGAAAGGACCUACUACAUAAAAGACACAGAAUUCUUCACCAAAGAAGGCAAAUUCAGGUUAGGAUACAGUCUUGUGUUCUGAAUCUUUGCUCAAUAAUUUAUAAUCUGUUCAAAGCAUUUGCAGCACUUAUUAAUUUGUAAGAAAAGUGUAAGUUUUAAUGAGAAUAAAAAAAAAUCACGUUUGGGAA